UGCCUUGCGCCUAACUGCAUAUGCUCUGCAAAUAAAAGCAUGUCUGAGAAUGUGAGCAUGACAACCUUUGGUGUGUCCGAAGGACUCAUUAUCAGUAUUGUAUGGGUAUAGUUUUUCCCAAUACAUGUCCUUAUUCUGGAUUUCAUUAAAAAAAUCUCUUUGUUUUUGAAUCACAUAAGGCUCCAUAAUAGCAAGCUGGUUCUUCGUCUUCGUGAACCUCUGUAUGUGUGUGUUUGUUUUUCUGCUACUGUAAAUAGGACAAGAAUAACUCGGUUUACUAAAGAAAAAUCCAGUUCCUGUACAGAAUUCUUGCUGAACCACCAAUACUUCUUCAUUCAGGAAGAUAAAGCUGAUGACAACUAUUAUGCAUAACAACGUUUACAAAUAAAAGUUGUUUCAAGCUCCUGAAAUCAAAUGCCCAUGGCAAUGAAAAAUAUAUUGAUUCUGUUACCAGCAACUUAAGAGGAAUACCUGCAAGAAUCUUUCCAAAGAUAUGUCUUUGUCUUAUUAAAAUACUCCCAAAGCUAUAGGUUUUUUGACUACAAAUAAAAUGGAGGCCUUAGAAGUUGAUGACAUCAGUCCAGCCUUGGAGGUGACCGAAGACUUCUUCAGUACCUUUGAUGCUAAGCUGGAAAAUGUGCAGCCACUGGAAGUUUAUGGUGUUCAAGAGAUUCCGGAACUGGUUGGAUGUGACACAUUUAAUAAAAUCACAGUCUGUGGAGAUUUAAGGAACAUUGCUUCUUUAGGGAAGAAUAAUCUUGUUUGGGCACACUGCAAAAAUGGAAGUUCAGAAACCAAAGUAGAGACUGCAUUUCCUGCCAAAGAACAGUUUAGAGUGCAAAGGGGAAUGGUUCCAGAUAAUCUCUCCUGGGUUGAUCAGGGAGAUGCUUCAACUUUUAGUAUCUUUAACAUCUGCCAGAGGAGGAAGGAUCGGCCCCGUUCUGUGAAUGAUGUUAUAGUCCAAAAUGAGGAAACUUCCUCUUUCAAGCCAGGUCAUAACAGGUCACAUUCUGAUAUUAGUCACAUAAACUGGGGCAUCAUCUUCAAUAAUGCCUCUCCACAACAGCUGUCUAAUCAGGCGAGCCAGUGCUCUAAACAUUCAUUUACACCAACUGGAUUCAAAAAGGGAAAAGAUAUUCAAGGGAAUACUGAACACAAGCCUACAUAUUCAAAUAUCUUGAAGAAAGGGUAUGUAGAAAUUAAGAACAACCAUGGCAAUUACUGGCAGGCUUGUUAUGCAGAACUCUCUCCAUAUGAACUUUGUCUGUAUCAGCUUGACAAAAGCGGCAACCAGAACCUUCCAACAGUCUACCUGCUUUUGCACUUCCAAAGCAUCAACGUGGAAACCAGUGUAGUUGAUGCAGUCCUGUUCAAUAAUUUGCACCUGCAACUCAAAGCAGAAUCACCUUGGGAAGCUUUGGACUGGGGACAAAAACUUCGGCAAGCUGUUCAUUCUUCAGUUCCAUCAUUUCUGAAGCCAAAAGGAGAUUUGGUGAACUCAUGGAAGUUAGAUAAUGCUGAGAGCAGCCUCACUCAAAACCAUGGCUUACAGAAGGAACCUGCGGAAUUUUUCCAGUUCACACCUUUGACCCCAAACAUCAAGGAUUACCAAAGCAUUGUCAAAUCAGGGAUUCUUUACAGAUUGACUCUCCAGAAUAACUGGAAAGCAUUCCAUUUUGUACUCAGUGGGUCUCUUCUCAUGGCAUUUCAGAUUGGUGGGCUUGAUGAGGACCCUCUGUGGAGCUACAAUAUUGAGGCAUGCGUCUCUAUUCAAACUGAUAUUCUGGAUGACUGUGACUCUUGUUUUCAGGUGAUCUUUCCUCAAGAUGUGCUUCGUCUCCGUGCAGAAACCCUUCAAAGAGCUCAGGAAUGGAUGGAAGCUUUGAAGGCUGCAACCAGAGCAGCAAGUUUAGGGCAAAACCUGCAGGUGACACUGAGAAACAAAGUUCAAGGCUUAUCUUGUGAAAAAGAACAUAGGAAAAUCAAGCGCCAGUCUGUCACCACCAGUUUUCUGAGCAUUUUAACUACCUUGUCCUUGGAAAGAGGCCUGACUGCUCAGAGUUUUAAGUGUGCAGGUUGUCAGAGUUGCAUUGGCUUAAGCAGUGGGAAAGCAAAGGUAUGCAACUACAGUGGGUGGUAUUACUGCAACCUCUGUCAUGUUGAUGAUACCUUUCUAAUUCCUGCACGACUAGUUCAUAACUGGGAUACUUCAAAAUACAAGGUAUCAAAGCAAGCCAAAGAAUUCCUGGAAUAUGUUUAUGAAGAGCCCCUGAUUGACAUUCAGAGAGAAAAUCCCAUAUUGUACAGACAUGUUGAGCCAUUGGCAAGUGUGGCCCGUCUGAGACAGCAACUGAAAUCCCUCCGAGCCUAUUUAUUCAGCUGCAGAGCAGCAGUGGCUGAAGACCUGCGAAGAAGAAUUUUUCCCAGGGAGUAUCUUCUUCAGCAGAUCCACCUAUAUUCUCUUGCAGAUCUACAGCAGGUUAUCGAAGGGAAGCUGGCCCCUUUCCUUGGGAAAGUAAUAAAAUUUGCUACCUCCCAUGUUUACAGCUGCAGCCUUUGUAGUCAAAAAGGAUUCAUCUGUGAGAUCUGUAAUAAUGGUGAAAUUCUGUAUCCCUUUGAGGACAGUUCUACAAGCAGGUGUGAAAGCUGUAGUGCUGUCUUCCACUCAGAAUGCAAAGAGAAGGCCGUUCCAUGCCCCAGGUGUGUGAGGAGAGAGCUACAGAUGAAGCAGAAAUCUUUCUGGAGAAGACUGAAUAUGGAUGAGAGCUUGGAAGAGGCCUGCAACAUGUUUGAAUUGUCCUAUCAGAAUACAUGAUCUGAGGGGGAAAUGUGACAACCUACACCUUUUCCCAGCUUGGAAUGAAUGCUCCUAAAGGCACUGGUUGAUUGCCAGGGAGAAUACUUUAGUACAAAAAAGUUGUAUAUGUAUGUUUUGUUCCUGAAUAGCUGGAGUUCAGAAUGCUAAGAAAAAGGCUAAAUUGCAAUUAUGAAUUGGUUAGGGAACCAACUGGUGUUACACCAAAAGUAGUUUGUUUGAAAUAUUAUCUGCAUUGAUUGCAUUUUCUUUGCAUUGAAAGCUCUCAUUAGCUUGUAUUUAUUAUUGGACUUCAAGUGAUUUUUUUUUUUUUGGUAGAAAUAGAUGGGCAUUGCUAUUUAAAGUUCACAAACUACUUAUGACAAUGGGCCUGUGGAUAAGUAUUUGUAGAGCUUUUUGCAGCUUAGAAAGAUGACUUAAUAAACUGCUUGUAUGAAUAUUUUCUCUGCUCCCCCAAAAUCAGUCUAGGUCCAUUUUAGAAGCACAGCAUGGUAAUUGUCCUUACAACCUCUGUAAGCCAAGUGCUAAAACUUGCCUAAGUCUUGUAUUAAUAUUCCAGAAUACUAGAGAAAUUGCUUUCAGUGGUGAAAUAUUCACAGUUGAAUACUUGUUCAUGACAUUGUUGUUCACAAAUCAUUAAUUCAGAUUCUGAUUGUCUCACAUGUAACACCAUAAAGCUUGAAUAUUUAAUCCCCUUUGAUGUUAAAUAAUGUACUGUAUAUUGCUUUGCUCAUACCUUGUAGAAGAAAUUUCCUGCACUUGGAUGAUGGAACUAGAAUCUGACUCUUUGCUGCAAUUAACAUUCCUAUUCUAUUAGUAUAUAUACCAAGGCUGUGUGUACUGUAGCAGAGUCAGUAAGAGCUUGAACACUUCACCCUGAAAGUGAAAUUUCUUGUACACUUUUAAAUACUGCACUAAGAAGCACUGGGACAUAUGUUUUAACCACUUAACAUGCAAUAUUUGAAAAUAAUGAAAAUAUUACAAAAUGGUUCCAAAUCAAUCUUUGGACUUUCAGUAUUCCUUUUUUAAUAUAUAGCAGAGGGAAUAUUGGAAGUUUUUACUUCUGCUUUCAGCUAACCAUAAUUUAACAUAUUCCAGCCCAGACAGCAACAGGGAUUAGCGUUUACUAUGAUUAAUUGAAACAAGACAUCUGUAAACCUUGUUUUUGAUGUUCUCCUUGCUAUAGUGAAGGAUAGUACAAGUUAAAUCUGGCUUGGUACUGGUAUAUAUCAAAUCAAGAGUAGCCACUUAAUUUGUGCAGGCAAAGGAACACUUUUUUAUUUCUCUCUCUACUUCCUCCCCUCAAAUUGCAAGUUACUUUCUCUGCAUGUGUUAUGUUAAUUUGUUAUAGAUUGACUGUUGGCAAUUGCAUAUCUGGAAGACAAACAGCUAGAGAGCUGGCAAUGACUAGGACAGGGGUGUCAAACCUGCAUCGUCACGUGAUGUAUCAGGACUUUUUUCCCCUUUGCUAAACUGGGCAGGGGCAUGGCCAGCCCGUGAUGAAUCCGGCCCAUGGGCUGCAAGUUUGACAGCCUUGGACUAGGAAGAACCACAAAGCAUGUUAUUUAAAUUUAUUUAUUUAUUUAUUUUAUAAUUUAAUUUAUAAUCUUGUUGAUGUACUGCUUGGUUCUUCUGGGCUAGUUGGCACCCAGUUUUUAUGUGCAAAUAGGCUAACCGCAAAUGAUGUUCAUAAGGAAUGGUCAUCUGCUUUGUCUUUAAAAUUACUUUCAUAUAUGUAUAGAGCUAUGCAUUUGUCAGUAAGUUGAAGCCCAUAUAUUACAUUGAGAUUCAUUUUCAUUGCUUCGUUUACUUAAGUAUAAGUAGUAAAAGAGAGAGAGAAAGAAAAAAUGAGUGAUUGUGUAUUUUACUUUUGCAUGAUUUCCAGAAUCCAGAGUGAAGAAGAAGUUGGUAUAAAUAACCUGUUUUGUUUUGUUUUGAUGUUUGCUUUUGGGAAGGGGAUAUCUUUUUAAGGCAGAUUGGGCAAGUGAAUCAAGCAUGUGGAAUGUGUUUGCUAACUUUUUUUCAAUGUAUUGUAAAGUUUUAUUAUUUUUGUACAUCUCCUUAAGUUGCCCCAUCAAUUUCUUCAUUUUAUCCAAUGAGUUAUUAAAAGUGAAGUUAAAGGAUGGUUUUAGUGUGUCAUUGCAUACAGCUCCUAUCUACCACCUCAUUUCUUUGUUUUGUGUUCACUAUGCUCUUAAUGUUGGUUCUCAGUUUGCUUUUUUGGAACAAUUGGUUGCUACUACAAUAGAUGAAUACUGUCUCAAGUAUAUAUAUAUAUUACGAAUCAAAGACCUCCCUCAGUUUCCUGCUUUGAAAUUGCCUUAAUUUACUAUUCCUCUGCAAGAAGGAAGAUAUAAUAUAAAAUGUUUGUCAGUUUAUGGAGGUCUCAUGGUGAUGCCAAGAGUUCUUAGGAUAUUUUUGAGAUUAUGGCUGCAUUUAUUUUGGUCUGCAAGUCAACCUAUAGUUAUCUCUAAGAAGCUUAAAUAACACAGCAACCACAACUGCCACUCAAUGCAAAAUAUGUCUGUGUUGAAGAGAAUGCAGGCAUUCAGGGUUGUUGUUCAGAGUAUAUUUCUGUUAACUGCAUUUGCAUGGGAUCUGAUAAGCAUGUUCCCCCAAAACCUUCAAACUGCAGAGUCAUCACAAUUCUGCAGUUCAGUGGCACAUUUUUAAUUCCAAUGGGACUUGUGUUCAGUAUAAUGCAAUCUUUGGAACCACAGGUAUGUCCCAGCAAGGACUUUUGAUGCCACUUGCUGAUUUCCCCAGAAGGUCCAGCCAGUGCUGCUUCUCUAUGUCACCCUCUGCCACCUCUGCAUUCCUUCCUACUAUAGAAAAUCCAUUAAGGAGGGAAAGAUGGAAUGACCACAAGGAUAACAAGGUGCAUGUAAAGCAAUAUUUUGGAUAUCCAGAAUUGAGGCAUUUUUAAUUUGAUUAGUGCUAGGUAUAAUUUGCUAACUCUUUAAUUAGAAUGUCUAUGGAGAUUCUCAGUCAUCCAGGUCAUGGUUUUCCCAAAGGUU